CGCAGACGCAAGACUUUGAUCCUCCGAACCACCAACCUUACGCCUCACAACCUCAGCGCGCUCAUCACACUUCCUGCACAAAAUGGCAAAGAAAGGUGAGUACUACCUCGAUUGACAGCACCUUUGGAUUUCAAUUGCCCGUGGCUAGCGGGACAUCCAGCCCGGUCGGACAAGAAGAAAAAAACGUCGCGCAUCACUUUUCCCAGUCCUUCGAGCACUUGAGAGACAUGUCUACGAACAGAAGCUAAUCUCUUCUUUCCCCACGUGUAUAGCCAAGUCCCGUACCAUCACCGUCCGUCUCAUCUCCAUGGCCAUGACUGGCUUUUACCGCACAAUGGUCCGGCCGCGUACGCACCGUCCGCUCAGCAUGCUCAAGUACGAUCCCGUCGUGAAGAAGCAGGUCCUCUUCCUCGAGGCGACCAAGGGUGGUCGGAACAAAUAAAGUGGUUCGUCGGCUCCAUGGAAGCUCUCGCUGCCGUCAAACGGCGUCUCGCGCAUCAUUCGACGGUCGGUUCGUCUUCGUCGCAACACUCCCAAAACAGAUCUCGGCCUGGACAAAUCCCUGAUACCGUUUCCUCGCUUCAUUGUUAUCGAUUCGCGGAGAACAUCGGAACAACCAGCACGGCCACCACCUCCAUGCAGCGAGUCGCCGAACUCUCUCCAACUUUUGAAGAUAUGAUCAUGUAUAUUAUACAGCGCAACAGCCAAGACUUCAAAUUGUGGGAUGCACUCAACAUCUCCAUGUAUGUCAAAGCUGUCUGCUUUCCUUGUGUUGCAUUCUGGCGUUUUAGAGCAGUACAAUCUGGGUCCAUCAUCGUUCAAUAUAUCACAAAUUACUUCACAAAUUCCUUCUCACUGGAAAACUCGCCUGCAAGGAAGCAAUAUCAAUGUUUUCAUGAACUGAAAGGUUCGAAGCACAUAUGAGAGAUUUAUCAGUUUCAUCAACAUCACAAGUUCAUCGCAUAAGGAUAUCAACUAAACCACCAUAAAUCAACAAACGAGCAAAAAUAAUUCGAUGUUAUCACAUACUAACACCAUUAUCGGCGUGGAAGAGUCCUCGAAUUGGGCAUAUCUCACUGGAAUUUACUUUCCUCGGCUGAAGCGGGCAUUAUAGCGAUCACCUUGGUGCUUUAGCAACGAACACUUGAUUAACCAUCAGAACCUAC